AUGUCUUUAUCAUAUUGGAGCAUUGGAUCAACGUUGAUCAAUCGUUAUUUUCCUCUUCCACUUCUUAUCUUUGGUACAUUUGGAAAUCUUCUCAAUAUUUAUGUAUUUACACGUAAAACACUGAGAAGAAAUUCAUGUGUUCAAUAUUUUUUAUGCACAACAAUUGUCAGUUUUGUAGCACUUUAUGUUGGUCUAAUGACUCGUCUCUUAAAUGGAUACAAUCACGAUUAUACAUCAUAUUCUUCAAUUUUAUGUAAAAUUCGUUAUUUUCUCACAUAUCUUUCACUUUACUGUACUUCAUGGUUUAUCACAUUCGCAUGUUUUGAUCGUUAUUGUAGUUCAUCACGAUCAAUUUCACUUCGAAAUCUUUGUCAAAGAAAGAUUGUUUAUCGAAUUAUCUUCUUAAUCACAUUUGUUGGAUGUUUGAUUUUUAGUGAAACAUUUUAUUGUUUUAAUAAUGGAAAUAUUAAUUCUGUUGCUUCGUGUUAUACGAUAUCAGUUCAAUGUCAAAUCGUUGAUGGACUUUUAUUAAUGAUCUUCUAUACAACAAUUCCGAUUUGUUUGAUGAUUUCUUUUGGUUAUUUUACAUUUCGAAAUAUUCAACAAAGUCGACGACAAGUAACAACAGAAUUCAAAGGAACAAUUAUCGGUAUUAACAAAAGAAAACGAGAUUUACAGAUUUUCACUAUGUUAUUUGUACAAGUUGGAAUUCUCAUUUUAUUUAGUUCACCAAUGGGUCUUUAUAAAUUUUAUGCUUCUUUAACAGUUUAUCUGGAUAAAUCAAAUGAACCCAAGGCGCGUGCUAAAGAUUUAUCCGGUCUUAAGCCUCAAUGGUUAAUUGGUAAUUUAAAAAAUACCGGUGUUUCAACAGGUGAAGUCGCACUUCAUGAAGUUUUUGCUAAAUUAAAAGAAAAUUUUGGAGAUGCAUAUUUAUUUUGGCUUGGACCAUAUCCUUCAAUAAUUCUUUCACGUAUUGAAUAUGUUCAGCAUGUGUUAACCGAUCGACAUACUUAUGAUCAAGCUACAAGUACAACGAGUAGUUUUGGUAUUCUUUUUCCAUCUGGUUUGAUCGCUUUACGUGGUGAAACAUGGAAACGUCAUGCACGAUUUAUACUUCCAAUGUUUAAACGUGCAAAAAUUUUACCUUAUUUGAAUACAAUUGUAAAUUGUAUUGAUCAUUUAGUUGAUGAACAAUUUGUUAAACAUAAUGGAGAAAUUCGUACAGAUCUUGUUGUACAAUGUCAAAAUGUUCUUUUGAAUGUUAUUGCUCGUAUAGCUUUUGAUUAUGAUCUUGAAUUAUCAUCGAAAACAGAUUCGAUUCAUUUACGAGAAGCAUUCAAUGAUUUUGUUUGUUAUGCGAAUCAAUUUAUAAUUGCGACUGGGAUUCCACCUUGGUUAGGAAAAGUAAUUCUCAAAUUGAAUUGGAAAUUUCAAAAGGCAUUAAUUACAAUAUGA